AUGCCAGGCAGUCAGUCUUCAAAUAAUGGGGGUCUUGAACCCGAAGAAAUGCCAAUCUCAUCAAGCCAGUGGCCGAGCUCACCCUCACCUGCCAUAUUGCCUGCCACGCCAAUAAUAAUAGGUGUCCCAUAUCAUCAACCCGCCGCCAAAUCUGCCUCCCAAUAUGCCGCGCAAUAUGCCUCCCAAUAUGCCUCCCAAUAUGCCUCCCAAUAUGCCUCCCAAUAUGCCUCCCAAUAUGCCUCCCAAUCCGCCUCCCAAUCCGCCUCCCAAUCCGCCUCCUGUAUACAUAUUUCAUGA